CCAGACACAAGCAAAACACAUGUAGGUCGAAGGCGCUCUCUCGCUCGCUCUCUCCGGGGCCGCGGCCAUUCAUGUUGUUGGACUACUGCUGUCGAUGUUGUGGAUUCACGCUCAUCAAGCGCCACGGAGCCGUCUCGCUCAAGACCACGCCCAGUGACACCUGCGUGGUCCUGCAGAACCUGCUGAUGUGCACGGUCUGCUUCUACUCUCUCUACUACUUGGCGGUGAGCCUCUGCAUCGGCCUGCUCAGGGUUCAUGAGAUCAACAGUCUGUUGGCUCCGUUUGAUUACACCACGCAACCGUCAUGGCAGAACCCCAAAUACCUGGUGGGCGUCAUCUCCACGGAGGUGACGUACGCUCUGGGAGGGCUGGUGUUCGCCUGGAUCGUGGAAGAGUGGGUGUGGGACUACGCCAUCACCGUCACGCUGCUGCAUGUGGCCAUGACUGUAGCCGUGAUGUCAGAUUUCCCCUCAACCGAGCACUGGUGGAUCGCACUGGGCUCAGGCCUGGUGAUGAUGAUAUUCGGAGGACAGGUCCUAGCCUAUAAACUCUUCCGGAGCAACUUCGUCUACCCGGCCGAGCUGCAGAACUUCUGAUGCAUCGCAGUGGAGCAAAGCAUGGUCCAACAUUGAAUGUCAGAUAGUAUUCCCUCUUGUACAAAUGACCCAGUACUUUUGUUUAAAAAAAAAAUCUGUACAGCUUUAUUGCUUUUGUAUUGUUUCUUAAAGUGCAUCGUUUUAGGCGGUGGUAUAUCUACAUUGUAUAUUAUAUUUGGCAGCACGGUGCAUUAAUGGUGAGCACGUCUACGUCACAGUUCUGUGCUUGUGUGUUCCCUCAUGUGUAGACUUUGCAUAUUCUCCCACGUUUGCGUGGGUUUUCACCGGGUAAUCUAGUUUUAUUUGAAAAAACAAAACCAAAAAAACAUGCAUGUUAGGUUACUGUAAGCGAGGACUAAUAUUGAUAAAUGUGAAUGCUUGUUUGUCUUUAUGUGCCCUGCGAUUGGCUGGCGACCAGUCCACAAUGUAGCCGAUGAGGACAAGAAAAUAUAUGGAUGGAUACUAUAUUCGGAUUCAUAUGUUUCUAAGACAGAAAAUAAAUUAUAUGGCCAUAAAGUGACAAUAGUCUAUGUUGGUUUAUCUUUAAUUAAUUUGAAUUUAUUAUACCUUUUACUCCUCAAGCGGAAAUGAGUGUAGUGUGUGGCUUCACUUUUUUUUUUUUUUUUUUUUUUUUAAAUGAGGAAAUCUCAUCUUGUUCACGUUGAGUGCGCCGUGACGUCAUCAGCGUUGCACACGUUCCUGUAGAACAAGACUUAUUGUACAUUAAAG